AUGAGCAACAUGGCUGAGGCUAGCACAGCUCCCGAGGAGGCUGCGCUGGAGCAAGGAGCGGAUCUCACCCUGGGGAAACGAGUGCUCAGGAAGAUCGACAGUCGAUUGGUGCCACUGAUGUUUAUCACCUAUAUGUUUAAUUUCAUGGAUAAAACUAUUUUGUCCAGUGCAUCGGUGUUUGGUCUAGCGGAUGAUACGGGUCUAGUGGGUCAACAGUACAGUUGGGUCUCUUCGGUUUUUUACUUCGGCUACCUGGGAUGGUCAUACCCAACAACAUUGCUCAUUGCUCGUCUGCCGAUCGGAAAAUACUUGACUAUCAACACCCUCUUCUGGGGCGCUGUAGUUGCCCUCACUGCCGCAUGCACCAACUUCGGUAGUCUCGUGACAGUUCGCUUCUUAUUGGGAGUUGCUGAGGCCACUAUUACUCCCGCAUUCAUGUUCAUCACGUCGAGUUGGUAUACCCGUGAUGAGAUCCCUACCAGAACGGGAAUCUGGUUUGCUGGCAACAGUUUCGGAGGCAUUGCUGCCAGCCUUAUAGCUUACGGUCUAGGCCAUGUAAAAGAUCAUGUUGGCGCGUGGAAGUGGAUGUUCAUUACACUCGGUGUCGCAACAUUCAUUUGGAGCUUCGCAGUCUGGAUUCUCUUACCAGACUCGAUCUCAAAAGCAAAGUUUCUAUCAGAGGAGGAGCGCGAGUUUGCAAACAACAGAGUUCUUAUUGCCGGGACAGGAACGACUGAAAAAACGGCAUGGAAGUGGGAUCAGGUCGUCGAGUGUCUCAUGGACCCGAAGACAUGGUUUAUCUUUGGCCUCGAACUAUUGACGCAGAUUCCAAAUGGUGGCACCCAGAACUUCGCCAAUCUCGUCAUUGUCUCAUUUGGCUUCACAAGCCUACAGUCUACACUGAUCAAUAUCCCUUACUCUGUCAUCACGAUUGCUACAAUUGCCGGAACCGGUUGGCUUGCUGGUCGUUUCCGCCAGUGGAACUGCCUCCUAAUUGUGAUUGUUGUUCUACCUUGCGUCAUUGGAAGCGCAAUUAUCUACUCCCGUGCCCACGUCGUCCUGGGUGUUCAGCUGUUUGGGUACUUUCUGUUAUCAACCGGGCCGGCUGCUAUGCCUCUGGCAAUGUCUCUGGUGCAAUCUAACUACCGUGGUGUCACCAAAAAGAUGACCAUGACCGCGAUGCUAUUCCUAGCGUACUGUGCAGGAAAUAUCUCUGGACCCCAAUUCUUCCUCAGCAGUGAGGCACCGACCUAUAACACCGCUUUCCGUACUAUCAUGAUAUGCUAUGCUCUAGCGAUAUUGUUCGCGUUGGCUCUUCGCUUUUACCUUCAGUGGACGAAUGCUCGUCGCAUUCGCGAGGAGGGCUUUGAGGGAAGUGCUGGAAAUGCUGGUGCCGUUGGUAAUGGGAAAGUGCUAGAUGUCGAUGGCGACUCGAAGAAUGUGGUGGACAUGGUGAACCAAGUCCGGUUGGUGUCAACUGACUAUGAGGAUGUUACGGAUUGGAAGACACCUGGAUUCAGAUAUCGCUAUUGA